AUGAGCAGCUCUCUUGACCAGCUUAAGGCCUCUGGCACCGUUGUCGUUUCUGACACUGGUGACUUUGCCGCAGCAGCAGCAGUGCCAUCUUAUCCCCUCUCUCCCGACUUGAGUUCGAACGCAACACAGAAGCUGACCUGGAGACGCGUUUUCACAGCCAUUGCCAAGUACAAGCCUCAGGAUGCCACCACCAACCCCUCCCUCAUCCUGGCUGCCUCCAAGAAGCCCGAGUACGCCAAGCUGAUAGAUGUCGCCAUCGACUACGCCAAGGGCAAGGGCGGUGACCUCGACCACCAGGUCGACACUGCUCUCGACCGCCUGCUGGUUGAGUUCGGCAAGGAGAUUCUCGCCAUUGUCCCCGGCAAGGUCUCCACCGAGGUUGAUGCCCGAUUCUCCUUCGACACCAAGGCCUCCGUCGACAAGGCCCUGCACAUCAUCGAGCUCUACAAGGACCUCGGCAUCUCCAAGGAGCGCGUCCUCAUCAAGAUUGCCUCCACCUGGGAGGGUAUCAAGGCCGCCGAGAUCCUGCAGCGCGACCACGGCAUCAACUGCAACCUGACCCUCAUGUUCUCUCUCCCCCAGGCCAUCGGCGCUGCUGAGGCCGGUGCUUUCCUCAUCUCCCCCUUCGUUGGCCGUAUCCUUGAUUGGUUCAAGGCCAGCACCAAGAAGGAGUACGCCAAGGAGCAGGACCCCGGUGUCGCCUCCGUCAAGGCCAUCUUCAACUACUAUAAGAAGUUUGGCUACAAGACCAUUGUCAUGGGUGCCUCAUUCCGAAACACUGGCGAGAUCACUGAGCUCGCUGGCUGCGACUACCUGACCAUCUCUCCCAACCUGCUCGAGGACCUCCUCAACUCCAACGAGGCCGUCCCCAAGAAGCUCGACGGCGCCGCUGCCGCCGCUCUGGACAUUGAGAAGAAGACCUACAUCAACGACGAGGCCACCUUCCGAUUCGACUUCAACGAGGACCAGAUGGCCGUCGAGAAGCUGCGUGAGGGUAUCAGCAAGUUCGCUGCCGAUGCCGUCACCCUCAAGGACAUCCUUAAGCAGAAGCUGUCUGCUUAA